AUGGACGUGACAACAUUCACAGACAAGUCUCCCGACUUCCCCAAGAAGAAGUGCGGUGUGCUCGGAGCCACUGGCUCUGUCGGACAGCGUUUCAUUCUCCUCCUCGCCCUUCACCCCCACUUCACUCUCCACGCCGUCGGUGCCUCUGAGCGCUCAGCAGGCAAGAAAUACAAGGAUGCCGUCAAGUGGAAGCAGUCGCUGCCCAUGUCCAAGCAGCUGGGCGAGCUGGUCGUGAGAAAGUGCACCCCCGACGAGUUCGCCGACUGCGACAUGGUCUUCUCCGGUCUGGAUAGCGACGUCGCCGGCGACGUCGAGAUGGCCUUCCUGAAGUCCGAACUCGCCGUCUUCUCCAACGCGAAGAACUACCGCCGCGACCCCCUUGUGCCCCUGGUUGUACCUACCGUCAACCUGCCUCACCUGGACGUCGUCCAACACCAAAGAAAGCACUACGGCUUGAACAAGGGGUUCCUCGUCUGCAACUCCAACUGCGCCGUCAUUGGCAUUGUCAUCCCCUUCGCUGCUUUGCAGGCCAAGUUCGGUCCCAUCAACCAGGUCUCGGUCGUCACAAUGCAGGCUGUCUCAGGAGCUGGCUACCCCGGUGUCAGCAGCAUGGACAUCAUCGACAACGUCGUUCCCUUCAUCUCUGGCGAGGAGGACAAGCUCGAGACCGAGGCCCAGAAGAUUCUUGGCCAGGUCAACUCGGACGUGACUGGUUUCUCAGACCAGAGCGACCUCAGAAUCUCGGCUGCUUGCAACAGAGUCCCUGUCUUGGACGGUCACACCGCUUGUGUUUCGCUUCGCUUCGAGAGAAGACCCGCUCCUAGCGCCGAGGAGGUCAAGCAGGCCAUGCGCGACUACGUCUCGGAUGCCCAGAAGCUCGGCUGCCCAUCUGCUCCCGAGAAGGCCAUCGUUGUCAUGGAAGAGCCUGAUCGCCCGCAGCCCAGACUUGAUAGAGAGACCGACAGAGGUUACGCUGUCAGCGUAGGCAGAGUCCGUGAGGACGAGAGCGGCAUCUUUGACAUCAAGUUUGUCGCCCUGAGUCACAACACCGUCAUUGGUGCUGCCGGAUCCUCUAUCCUCAACGCAGAAGCUUGCGUUCUCAAGGGCCUCGCUUAA